AUGGAUAGUCACCAGAAAUACCGUCUCGCCGACACCCUUAAUCCCCUCAACUAUUCUGAACGACUCUUCAUCCUUGAACUCUGCCUCUCAGACAACCGCUCCAAUCUUCAACGAGUCAGCUACCACCUUGAAAUUCUGCGUGAGCGCCGAUGGCCUACCGAGCGUUCAGAACUCCAAAUCUUCCAAGAAUGGAAGAGGCAGCUCGAAGAAUCAAAACAUGAAUUACGGCAAAUCAGAGAUUGCCAUAGAAUGAUGAUGGAACCAGAAAGAUCUUCGAGCCAGCAGAGUGAGACGGCGACUCGGGAUGAAAACAGGUGGGCGAUAUUUUUACGCCGCUUCGGUAUCAUCGUUUGA